UACUUGACUCAGCCGUGUGACCCGCCACAGAGCGCCAGUCAACUCGCGUUUCAGAUUUUUCUAGAGCCCAGAAGCUCCAUCCAUAAAUCCCUAGCAGGCAACCAGAAUAUCUGGAUCUAAGGCUCUUACCUGUAUAGGGCACAACCCUAUUUCACAAAUUAAGCAGCAUCAGCGACUACCAGUGAUGGGAAUCAUAAGAAGCAGUUUUCCUUUCAUUGUGGGGACUGUGUGUGGGAUUUACGUCGCUCAAAACUACAACGUUCCCAACAUCGAGAAACUCGCAUACACCGUCGUUGGUAAAGCCAAAGAAUACGAAGAGAAGUAUCGCAAACGCUAACACGAGAGGCGAUGGCGAUUACCUCUCAAGGGUGCCGUAUACGAGUACCAGGUUGUCCUUCAAUUUCUUUUCCCCUUUUUCGAUCUUAUACUAUUGUGGUUUUUGGGCAAGAAAAGGAACAAGUGGAAUUUGAUGAUAAAGAAAGAUCAGUUCGCAUUCUUUCCUGGUGUUUAAUGGAAUCCGAAUUCAAUUUUGAAAUCUGAUAUCGAAAUCGAAUCUUCAGUUGCUUUCUUUGAUAA